AUGGUUUCAGCAAGUGGAAGCUUUGCAUUACGCUUCUUCACUCCAGGCAAUUCUACUUUCACCUAUCUUGGCAUAUGGUACAACACGAUCCCUGAACAAACCGUCGUUUGGGUUGCUAACGGAGAAUCUCCAAUCCCUCAGAAUUGUACUGCAGUUUUCACUAUUGGUGUUGGUGGAAAUUUUGUGAUUCUUGAUGCAAAGGGUAAACUCAUUUGGUCAUCAAAUGUUUCAUCCACACCCGGAUUAGCUUCAAAUUCUACUGCAGGUGCUCUAUUAGAAAAUGAAAAUCUUGUUCUCAUGAGACGUGGGACAAGUAGUGAAGAUCCUCGGCCGGGAAAUUUCUCAUUUGGAAUAGACCGUGAAGGGCAUCCGCCCUGUUACAUUUGGAAGCAGAACAGUAUUUCUUAUAGGUUUGAGUACAAUAAUGAAUACUCUGGAGGGAAUAUGCUAGGAGUUGCAUUGUAUACUUCUGUUGUUUCUGGAAAUAGUGGAGCACCAGGAACUCUUUGUGAUUUUUAUGCACACUGUGGUCCAUUUGACAGCUGUGAGAUUAGAUAUAGUGGAUUAUGCAGAUGUUUAACCGGAUUUGAACCAAGAUUUUCAAAAGAUUGGGCAAAUGGAAAAUGGAAUGGAGGUUGUGCCAGGAAAGUAGCAUUGGGAUGUGAUAGUAGUGAUGUGUUUUUGAAGCACGAGAGUAUGAAGGUACCAGAUCAUACUAUCUUCUUUGGAGAAAUGAGCAUUAAGGACUGUGAAACCGAGUGCAUUAGGAACAGUUCAUGCACAGCUAAUGCAUAUUCAAAUAGCACCUGUUUAAUAUGGAUUGGAGAUUUACUGGACCUUGGCCACAGCUCUUCCACCGCCAGACCUCUCCAUGUUCGCGUUCGUGGCUGUGAGCCAAGUAUUUUCACUUCUAUCCUUAUCAAUUCUACUAACGAGUCUUUACGUCUUUGGUCUAGUAAACCAAUUUUAUUCACCUUCCAUCUUCUGGAUGCAGUAACUGUUGGUGGAUCUGGGAAUUCAGCUCAAAGACACAAAAUUUUCAUUGCCACAAUUGCUUCUGCAAUAUCUUCUAUCUUGGUGCUUACUGGGUUUUUGGCUGAGUUUGGAGAUACAGCCAUCAAAAGGCUAAGCAGGAGGUCAUCACAAGGACUAGAGGAGUUCAUGAAUGAGUUGAAGCUAAUUGCAAAAUUGCAGCACAAAAAUCUUGUCAGCCUCUUAGGUUUCUGUGUUGAAGGAGAGGAGAAGAUACUGAUCUAUGAGUAUAUGCCAAAUUGCAGCCUGGACAAAUUUCUUUUCGGUUAUACUCAUUACUAUUGUCUUUGUGAGAAUCAUAACUUUGUGUUUCUUAUUUCCCUUGGCUAA